GCGGGGAACAGGAUCCCCCCGCGCCCAUUCCCGCCACGGCACCGUUCCGCGCGGCUCUGCCCCUCCCCCGGCGCGCGGCGGAACUGAGGGCUCAGGCGCGGGCGGGUCGGAGAACGGGAGCGAGGCCGGCCAUGAGUACCAAGCAGGUGACCUGUAGGUACUACGUGCAUGGCGUGUGCCGCCAGGGCAGCCGCUGCCUGUUUUCCCACGACCUGUCCGCGAGCCGCGCAGCCGCCGUCUGCCGUUUCUACCAGAAGGGACAGUGCGCCUACGGCGCGCGCUGCAGAUAUGAUCAUACCAGGCUUCCUGCUCCUAGUGGUGCAGUGGGCAUUGCACCACCCAGCCUCUCUUUACCAGUGCUCCACAGCCCAAACCCUCCAUCCGAGCAUAGCACACCUGUAAUCAAGAGCAAAACACGUGAACCUGGCAAGCGUGAAAAGAAAACACUAGUGCUGAGGGACAGAAAUUUACGUAGUUUGAAUGAAGAAAAGACGAGACUCAGUGCAGCAAGUGACCUGGCUUGUUGCAGUGACAAAACUGAUGAUCUGGAAAUGAAGCCCCAUUCAUAUCUAGAAGCUAUUUGCACUGGGCUGGAAGAUCCAAUGCCUGGAAGUUCCUCUGCUGAUGGACAGCAGCUGUGUCCCUAUGCAGCUGCUGGGGCAUGCCAGUUUGGUGACCAGUGCCCUUACCUCCAUGGAGCGGUGUGUGAGAUCUGUGGAUUGCAAGUGCUUCAUCCCUUCGAUCAGGAGCAAAGGAAGGCUCAUGAGACGAUGUGCAUGGCAGCUUUUGAACAUGAGAUGGAGAAGGCUUUUGCCUUCCAGGCAAGUCAGGAUAAGGUAUGCAGCAUUUGCAUGGAAGUGAUAUAUGAGAAACCAUCAGCCUCUGAACGGAGGUUUGGAAUCCUUUCCAACUGCAGUCAUACGUACUGUCUGUCCUGCAUCCGACAGUGGAGGUGUGCCAAACAGUUUGAGAAUCCAAUCAUAAAAUCCUGUCCAGAGUGCCGAGUUAUAUCGGAGUUUGUAAUUCCCAGUGUAUACUGGGUAGAAGACCAGAAUAAGAAAAAUGAGCUGAUUGAAGCAUUUAAGCAAGGAAUGGGGAAAAAAGCCUGCAAAUACUUUGAACAAGGGAAAGGAACCUGCCCAUUUGGAGGGAAAUGCCUUUAUCUUCAUGCCUACCCAGAUGGGACGAGAGCUGAACCUGAAAAACCACGGAAACAGCUCAGCUCUGAGGGAACUGUGCGGUUCUUCAACUCUGUUCGGCUCUGGGAUUUCAUUGAAGAUAGAGAAAGUCGGACUAUGCCCAGUGCUGCUGAUGAUGUGGCAGAGCUUGGGGAGCUUUUCAUGCACCUCUCAGGGGCAGAUGAAGAGUCUGCUACUUCUCAAUGAGAAGACCUGAAGAUGUUUUUUCUGUACCCAUCUAGCUAUUUAUUUAGCAGUUUUACUUUUUACUGUAAACCAGAAUGUGUGGCUUGCUGAGGUUCUAGCACAGUUUUAGUAUAAGUCUUUGUACUACAACAAAAAUACUAAAGGCUAUUAAAGGUAAUUAAGUGACA